AUGUCAACUAAAUUGGUGGUAGGUGGUAUAACUGCUGUGACCGCAGGUUAUUUGAUUUAUAAUAUUAAUUACAACAAUAACAGGGACCACAGGCACGUUAACACAAGUAGUGCCACGUAUAAACUCACAAAUGAAAAUCAGGACGACCAUCUUCCCUUGAGGUCACACUAUAAGCAGACCUCGAACACUGAUAAUCAGAAGCUUAGGGACUUCACAACCGCAAAUGCAGGUGCCAAAAAUAACUCGAAAUCAAUAUUCAACUGGGGGUUCAAUGAAGCCGAACGUAACAAGGCCAUUGCUAUUGGGGAGUACGACAUGGUGAAUAAAAAAUAUAACGACUUGGUGAAGGAGUUUCAAGAAAAUAGUGCCAACUUGGACAAAGAGGAGAGUGAAGUCAAAAAAUUGAUUUUGAAAGACUACGAGGAAGAACUGAAGUUGAAGAAACAGAUACUGGAAGAGGCGACUGAAAUUUACAAUAAAUUCGUUAAGAAUGAAAACUUCAACGAAUUGGCAGACAAGAUAUAUAAGGAAAACUUGGACGUGAUGAACGGCGAGAAGAGCAUUUUCCAAUGGUUGAGGAGCACUGGAAUUGAUGACGAGGGCGACAAUAAUGCACAUCUCAUUCCGCUGAAUGGAGACGGUACGAAAAUCGAUAAGAUUGCCAGUGAGAGCGUGAUGGGAUGGGGAGAAAGUGCUCAGGAAUUUGCUAAAGAAGCAAUUGAAGAACAAUUGAGGAACAAGGAAAUAGGUCCAAGUGAAGCACAAAAAAGAUUGGAUGAACUUAAGGAAAUAAAGAAAAGAGGCUGGCUGAACUACGGCGGCAAGACACCUGAAGUCGAAAACGAUAUCGCCUCAAAAGUCGCCGAAGGUGUCAGAGGCUGGGGCGAAAGUGCGUCGCAAUUUGCAAAUGACGAGCUAGAAGAUGUCAAUAUUCAAUAUGACAAGAACGUGACGUUUGAAAGCGCUAAAUCAGAGGUUGAGAAGAAACUAAAAAAGUUGGAAGACUGCAGACAACUGUACCAACAGGCACUUGACUCUAAAAAUGGAGACUUCAUUUGGAACAAAUUGUUUGUGAAACCAAAGAAAGACCAAGACUUGUCACCCAGUAAUAACAAUGACUCCAACAAUACAGAUAGCACCAAUAAGAGAAUCUCCAAGGACAUUGAGACUCAUGAACUAAAAAAACAAUUAGAUGUUGCACAAUCUGAGUAUGACCAUGCCAUUGACAUUCUAUCUAAAUUUCUAGAGGAUAAUGCUUUACCCUCGAAUAGAAAAAAUUUAAAGCAAACAAGGACACAACUAAUGGGGAAAUUAUGGGACCAGAUGAAUGAAUAG